CGCACAAAUGACUCAGUGCGUCAUUUCCGGAACAGGCCGUCAUCCCUGUUUCUGCGGCGUUGGCCGGUCUCUUCCGUUAAAACGCCAUCAUGGGUCGCAUGCAUGCUCCCGGAAAGGGCUUGUCCCAGUCGGCACUUCCAUUCAGGCGAAGUGUGCCCACGUGGCUGAAACUCACAUCAGAUGAUGUCAAGGAGCAGAUCUUCAAACUGGCCAAGAAGGGUCUGACUCCCUCCCAGAUCGGUGUGAUCCUGAGGGACUCCCAUGGAGUAGCCCAGGUGCGCUUUGUCACAGGCAACAAGAUCCUGAGGAUCCUCAAGUCCAAGGGUCUGGCCCCUGACCUGCCUGAGGACCUCUACCACCUGAUCAAGAAGGCCGUGGCUGUGAGGAAGCACCUGGAAAGGAACAGAAAGGACAAGGAUGCCAAAUUCCGGCUGAUUCUUGUUGAGAGCAGGAUCCACCGGCUGGCCCGAUAUUACAAGACUAAGAGGGUCCUUGCACCCAACUGGAAGUACGAAUCCUCUACGGCUUCUGCUUUGGUGGCAUAAAAUUCAAGAAUUUCAAGAAAUAAAGUGGAUUUUGGCUCAGAA